UAGAGUGUUCUGGACCGGUGAAUGGCAGCGGCGCGAUCGCGCGAGUCGGGUGCGGGGUCAAGUGCUCGAGGGCCACGAUGAGGUCGCAGGUAGGCUGCCCGGCAUGCUUCUGAACCUUAACUGAUCGAUCAGGAUGUUUCGAUUUAUGCUGCUAGCCGCCGCUGCAGCGGUGGCGCAGCCGAACGACGACGCCUCAGCGCGCAUAAAGAACAUUUUGAGCCGGGUGGGCACCGGUGCCGCCCCAGAUGGCGCGGGCACCGGUGCCGCCCCGGACGGCGCGGCGGCGGAGGACCUGCGCGCGCGCCUCGACAGGCUGCGCGCGGGCCGCCUCUUCGACAACGUCGAUGCCGCGGCCGCGCCGGCCGAGGCCGCGGGACCGGCCUCGGACGACGUGCCGGUGCGCCUGGUCACGGGAAACGACCGCGCCGCCGAAGAGCUAGAGGCCGAGCGAUUGGCGGCGGAGCGCACAGAAGCGGAAAGGUUAGCUGCCGAAAAAGCAGAAGCGGACCGCUUGGAGGCGGAACAAGCCGCCGCCGCGCGGGCCGCCGAGGAACGGCGCGUCGCGGCCGAGAGGGCCGAAGCCGAGCGCGCGGCGACGGCGGAGCGGGAACGCCGCGAGACCGAGGCCGCGGCGGCGCGGGAACGCGAGGCUGAGGCGCAGCGGAUAGCUGAGCAGGAAGCGGAAGCGGCGGCGGAGAAAGAACGCCGCGAGACCGAGGCCCGCGAGCGCGCCGAGGCGGAGAAACGGGAGGCGGCGGCGCGCGAAGCCGAGGCGGCCGCCGCAGAACGGGAGCGCCAGAGACUCGAGGAAGAACGGGCCGCAGAGGCGCGUGCAGAGGCCGAGGCCCGCGAGGCCGCGGAACGGGCAGACCGGGAGCGCCGCGCGGCCGAGGCCAGGGCAAGCGCCACCGCCGAGGAACGACGCGCCGCCGAGCAGGCGGAGGCGGACGCGGCACCCGACGUGUCCGAGGCGCCCGAGGCCGAGCCCGAGACGGAAGGGGAGCUAGCAGCGGAGGAGGAGGAGUCCGACGCUCCCGAGCCGGAGCCAGAGCCGGAGCCAGAGCCGGAGCCAGAGACCGAGCCAGAAGAGGAGCCCGAGGCUGAUCCUGAGCCAGAAAUAGAGCAAGAAUGGGAAGAGGCCGAGGAGGAGCCCGAGUCAAAACUAGGAUGGGACGAGCCAGAGGAGGAGCCCCUGCCCACGGCCGGCGCGGCCUACGCGCGGUAUAAAGCUAAAAGAGCGCUCCAAGAGGCCGAGCGGAUGCAGCGCGAGGCCAUGGAGGCCCUCCGCGAGGAGAAAGAAAUACAACAGCUCGCGCCGCGCGAGCAGCUGGAGCAGCGGCGCCGGAAGGCGGAACAAGCCUCGGAGGAGCACCAGGCCGCCCGGCGCGACCAGGCCGAGAAGAUGAGAAUGCAUCGGGAGAACCGGCGGGAGCGGACGCGGCGGAUGCGCGAGCUCGAGGCGGAGCGAGCCCAGGACCAGCUCCGGCGCAGGCAGGCGAAGGAGGAGCUCUUGUCCUUUAGUUCCAUACGACGUCCGGAGCAGGACGGCGACCUGCGGGCGGCGACUCAAAGGUGGAAGAAGGCCGUGGAGCUGCGGGAGGACGUCGACGCGAUGUUCGCGCUGGCGUUCGCCUACGAGGGGGGCGGCCCCGGGCUGGCGAAGGAUGAAGAGGCGGCGAGCGAGUGGAAAGCUAGAGCCGAGGAGGCGGCCCUCGAGAGAGUAGAAGAAGUGGUAGAAAAGCCGCUGCCCGUGAAACGCGGGUUCAUCGAGUCGUCGGGCGACGAAUUAGUAAAGUGGCGCUUCAAGGCCGAGACGCUCCUGAGCGCCUGGGCGCCCGCCGUCACUUCCGGUACAGUGGUGACGGCGGGCUUCGCCGAGGGCUUGUACGGUAUCAGCGAGACAACGGGGGGGCCCUUGUGGUUCGUCGACGGCGGGCCCUACACGUCCGUCGUCGCGACGGACGAUUCUGUCGUCGUCGGGUCGAAGAGCGGCGAGGUCCGCAUGCUGGACGCGACGACUGGCCUCGAAAGGUGGCGCGCGGACCACGCGGGCGAGGUCGGCCGUUUUACGGUCAACGACGAGGAUCUGUUCGUGGGGAUCGGCCAGAACAUCGCCUGCCUCCGCCGCACGAGCGGCGCUUUGAAAUGGGCGCAGCCGACGGGCCAGCUCGUGACGGGCCGGCCGGCGGCGGACGCGCGCCACGUAUACGCCGGCGGCGUCGAUUCAUAUGUCUACGCGCUGCGGGCCCACGACGGCCACGUGCGCUGGCGGUUCAAAACUAAUGGCCCCGUCGAGGCGAACCUCGUCCUCGCGUCGGGCGUCGUCUAUGCGGGCAGCCAGGACCACAAGGUGUACGCCCUCGACACGGCCGAGGGUGAAAAAAUAUGGGCGCUCGACGUGGGCGCGCCGGUCGUCGCGCUGACGCUGGUCGGUAAUUUACUAAUUGCCUCGACGCCCGCGGCGCUCGUCGCCGUCGACGCGAGAACUGGCGUCGCGAGCUGGACCACGGAAUCGCAGGACGUGCGGUGGACGGCGCCGAGCCUCGCGGGCGGCGCGCUGGUCGUGACCGGCACGGACCUCAAGCUCACGGCCGUCAAUCUGGCCGAUGGGACCACGCGGUGGCGCCACGACGCGGCGUCGUACAACGCGGCGCCGGCCGUGGUCGGGAGCAGCGUGGUCGUCGCGUCGCGCGACAAGCGGGUCCAACUGCUGGCGUUGGAUGCGCUGGACCACCUCUACGAGUACGAGGGCGCGAAGCGCGAGAUCCUGGCGGCGGCGCGCGCGGAUCUGGACGCCGAGGCAGAGGCGGCGGCGUCUGAGCCGGAGCGGGAAUCGGGUCCUGAGUCCGAGGCGGGUGCUCCGCUUGCGGAAGAGGCGUCUGAGCCUGCGCCCAAACCUGAGCCCGCCGACGCCGCGGCGGAACCCGAGGAAACCACGUCAUCCGACGAGGAGAUUCCUCCGGCAUCGGAGACGCCUGUGGCAGCGGUAGAGCCUGAAAAUGCUGUUCCCGACGCCAGCGCCGCGGAACCUGAGUCUGUGGAGGAGGCGGCGCCCGACGCGGCUGCCGAUGUGCGCGACGCCACCGCGGAGAUUUCGGAAGGGGAAAUGCCCGAAGAGGGGGCUUUGUGAUAAUAUUAAUCGUAUGAA